CAAGGGCAGAGGAUCCUUCGUGCCAUCUAAGAUUGGCAUGCACGAGCUGGUGGUCAAAUACGAAGGAGAGGAAGUACUUGCUGGACACUAUUUCCGAGUCCUGCCACCAUUGGUUGAAGUAGCUCCACCUGGAAUGGCACCUUGCGCACUAGGUUCACUGGUACAGGUGUUGGUGAAUGCAACAGGUGCUCCUAAGAGGGAAGAUAUUCUAGUAACUGCCUAUAGUCCUACAGGUAGACCGUUAGAUUGUCCGUUGACCACGAUAGAUGGCACUAAUAGUGCCACCUUCAAACCGGAUGAACCCGGAGAAUGGCGGAUAGAAAUCACUUAUCAAGGAAAACAAAUACAG